UCCGUCAAAUGUAGAAUUCGCUGAACAAAAACAAAUGUGGAUAAUUUGGCAGUAGUUGGAAACUAAAACUUUGUAAAAUUAUAAAAAAAAUAUUUAACAUUUUAAUAUUCUGUGUGGAGGAAGUCCUAUCUCUUUCCCAAAUAACAAAAUAAUUGUUUUUACAUUUUAAGAACUUAUAUAUAAAUUUGUAUGCAUUUCACAAAUAUACAACCGUAAAAAGAAGAAAAGUCGCAACAAUAACAAGAAAGUACUGUUUGGUUAAACUCAACUAUCUAACCGUUGUGUGGAAUCCACGCGGUCCCUGCAGAUCCAGUUCGAAUAGAAGCCGUAAUUUCCUAUAUCUACAUUUGUACAACACGACGCUUCCGGUAGCAAAAGAAAGUAAGAUGUCUGUAGCGGACUUUCUCAAGGACCUCCCUAGUCAUAAUGCUCAAAAUUUUUCGCAAUUUAAUAUGGAACAUGGACUACGCACAUCCCAGAAACGAGCUUCCGUAUACCUGCCCACAGAGGAUGUGCCGUCAGAACAACAUAUUGUGAUGGACAAACGAUGUGUAUUGCUGAGAUAUCUUAAGCAACAAUGGGAUAAAAAGACAUUACCUCGAAAACGUGAUCACAAUAGUAGCGCCGAUGGCAAUGGCACAGCGAACAGCAAUUGUAAAAAGCGUCCCCGAUUAGAGCCACUCGAAAUGAAUUAAAUCGAAUUGUUUGAAACUGGAAAGGAAUUUAUACUACAAGAUGGGAAAUGGGUGGGGCGUAUAAAGCAUGAAUAAAUGAUCUGUCCGGAAAUCGCUUAUUACCUAUAACAUAAAUCUAUUUUUUUCUUUAAUUUUUGGCACUAACAAUACUAAGUUCCAAAAAAAAGCCAAGUGUAUUAAAAUAUCUUAAAAAAAAAAGAAUUGGCUAAAUAUUUGAUAAAAUAUUUACUUAAAUCUUGUACAAACUCCAUAGAAUCUUUCAACCUUCACUUGGGAAAAUUUAAUAUCCAACAAUUAUUAAGUUAAUUUUUGCAAUAAGAUUUUUUUUUACAAAAUAUCUGUAAACUCAUAAUAUCAAAACGUAAAUUAUAAACAAUAGUCUGCAAAUUCGAAAAACAGUGCGAACGUGCACUUAGCCAUUACAUCUUAGUUGUUAAGAUCUUAUUUUCUAAAUAUUUGAAUGUAAGCAAUUUUGUAAGUCGCAAGUCAUUUAUACACAUGGAAUAUUUGGAAAUAACUGCUACUAAAAUAUAAAAUCUCAUAUGCACGCAUUAAAAA